CAUCCCGUACAACUCCAAAAAACAAGAAGCUGCCGGUUUCUAGAAGCAAGAAAAGGUAAGAAUAGAUGGAGGAAGAAGAGCAUGAGGUCUAUGGUGGAGAGAUUCCCGAUGUGGAAGGCGAUAUGGAUCCUCAUAACGCCGACGUUGACAUGUCCGCCGCCGAAGAUGAUGCCGUCAAGGAGUUGGAUGAGAUGAAGAAGAGAUUGAAGGAGAUGGAAGAGGAGGCGGCUGCUCUUCGUGAGAUGCAAGCAAAAGUUGAGAAGGAAAUGGGCGCUGUUCCAGAUCCAGCUAGUGCAGCAGCUAAUCAAGCAAACAAAGAGGAAGCAGAUUCUCGUUCUGUGUUUGUUGGCAAUGUUGAUUAUGCAUGCACGCCUGAAGAAGUGCAGCAGCAUUUUCAGUCCUGUGGUACGGUAAAUAGGGUUACUAUUUUGACAGAUAAGUUUGGCCAGCCAAAGGGCUUCGCUUAUGUGGAGUUCGUUGAAGUAGAAGCUGUUCAAGAGGCUCUGGCUCUCAACGAAUCUGAACUACAUGGCCGUCAAUUGAAGGUUUCUCCCAAAAGGACCAAUGUUCCUGGAAUGAAGCAAUAUCGUGCUAGAUCUUUCAAUCCUUACAUGGGUAACCGGUUCAGGAGGCCAUAUGUGCCCCCGUAUUUCUACUCUCCUUAUGGAUACGGGAAGGUGCCUAGAUUCAGAAGGUCAAUGCGAUACAUGCCUUAUUACUAAGAUGUUUCCGUCAGACUAAGGAGUUUAUAUCUGGUGGAUAGUUAUCUAAGAAUUUCAGAUUUCAUCUUCAUUUGACAGGACAAGUAGAUGCUUUAUUGGUGUCAUGUUUGUGACUACUUUGUAUCUGCAUGACACAAAAGAUUCCUGUAAUUUUAAUCCACCAUGGUUAUGCACAAGCCUGCAAGUCUCUGCAGUUCAAGCUUUAGCCAAUUGGUGCACUGUGCUUGCUUUUAACUGGUAGUCUAGUUUAUGCAGUUGGUUCCCAGUUUCUCAGGAUUCAUACUGCUAUUUUAUGGGCGUUUUGAGGGCCAACAUCCUUCAGUUUUCUUCCAUGAAACCUAUCUUAAUCAACACAUGUGAAAGUUGAGAU